AUGGAAGUUGCUGUGGAGAGGCACGUGAGGAGGAGGUGGCUUGAGACGACCAAGGCGGGAGGAAUCAAAGUGAUGGUCUCCCCCGCUGUCAGUGCCGGGCCUUGGGGCUGGGGGACCCGGGGCCGUGGGGCAGUGUGGCUGCUCCUGGUGUUCUCCGGCUGCUUGGUCUGCGGUUCAGCUCGAGCCAAUGCAGAGCUGGUCAAACUUGAGGAAUCCCGAGUUCAUAAUAAUAACAAUACCAGCCAACAGUUCUGUUAUACAAAUUUGCUUGUUCCAAAGUGGUAUGAUAUAUGGACACGAAUACAGAUCCGGAUAAAUAGUUCCAAACUGGUCCGAGUCACCCAGGUGGAGAGUGAGGAGAAGCUGAAGGAGCUAGAGCAGUUUAGUGUCUGGAACUUUUUUUCCUCCUUUUUAAAAGAGAAGUUGAAUGACACCUAUGUUAAUGUGGGUCUGUACAGCAACAAAACCUGCCUCCAAGUUGAUACUAUAGAGGGUAACACCCAGUACAGUGUCACUGUGACCCGGAGAUUUGACUCAAAACUCUUCCUUGUUUCCCUGCUUGGACUUAUACUAUUUUUUUGUGGAGACUUACUGAGCAGAAAUAAUAUUUUCUACUAUUCCACUGGAAUGAGUGUGGGAAUUGUGGCAUCUUUAUUAAUCAUCAUUUUCCUACUGUCUAAAUUUAUGCCCAGGAAAAGUCCUGUUUACAUCAUUCUGGUGGGAGGCUGGUCUUUUUCACUCUACCUGGUCCAACUAGUUUUUAAAAAUCUACAAGAGAUAUGGAAAUGUUACUGGCAGUAUCUUUUAAGCUAUAUCCUUGCAGUUGGAUUCAUGAGCUUUGCAGUCUGUUAUAAAUAUGGGCCUCUGGAGGAUGAACGAAGCAUCAACCUGUUGACAUGGACCUUGCAGCUGCUGGGCCUUUGUUUUAUGUAUUCUGGUAUCCAGAUACCACACAUUGCCCUUAUCGUAAUCACCAUUGCACUGUGUAGUAAGAAUCUGGAGUACCCUAUUCACUGGCUGUGCAUCACCUACAGAAAGAUGUGUAAGGCAACAGAAAAGAUUGUUCCCCCUCGUCUCCUGACAGAAGAAGAAUAUCGGAUACAAGGAGAGAGAGAGACCCAAAAGGCUUUAGAGGAGCUUCGAGAAUAUUGUAAUAGUCCAGACUGCUCUGCUUGGAAGACUAUUUCUCGAAUCCAGUCUCCAAAGAGAUUUGCUGACUUUGUGGAAGGCUCUUUCCACCUAACACCAAAUGAGGUUUCUGUCCAUGAACAAGAGUAUGGGAUAGGGAGUAUUUUUACCCAGAUUGAGCUCAAUGAAGAAACAUCUUCUGAAGAGGAGGACUCAGAUCCUUGGUUGCCUACUGUAACAGAGAACAACUUCCUGACUUAGGUCUUGAUCAGUUUGAAUGUGGACUGACUUGGUGCCUGAGUGACUCCAUGCUGCACAUGUUGUGCAAUUGAUCCUUAACUUUUUGAAACAGGGUGAGAUAGUACAGAACUUCUUCCACUGAAAUUAGGGGGAGAAAUUACCGUGGUGGUCUCUGUGGGAUCCCUGAGGAAGGAGAGAGGAUAGAGUAAUGAAUGUUUCCUGUUAAGAUUUCUGCCCACCUUUCUGUUUCCAAAGAAACUAAUGAUUACAACUAGCAUGACAUUCUAGCUUCUCUUUAAAAAGAGUUGAUUUAGCCAUGGCAUUUCCGCCUCUGUGACUGGUACUCACAAGUGAGUAAAAAAAGCAAUUCAUCUUCCAGAAAGGAAUACACAAAUAUGAGCCUUUUUCAUUUCUGUUUUUAUUUCAGUGACUUUUGGGUAAACUUUGUUUUAACUGUUUUACAGGUAAAAUGAGGAAAACAGAUUUUUUUUGUCUUUUUGAAAAUUGGCACACAUAUUUAUAUUUAAUAUAACAAACCUCAUGUUUUAGAAUCAGCAAGUGCUCCAUGGUGGCAAAUUCCACAGGUCCCUACGUAUUUAUUGAUUACCCAUGAAGGGCCUGUGUUGGCUUUGAAUUAGUUCUCGCAACAAAUGAUAGAAUCUAAGUCUGGUUUGCUUUUAGGAACAUUGUUGUAAGGUCUUCUGUAGAGGAAGUCUGCUGGGAUUUUUAUCACAUUUAGUUUUCAUUUCCAUCUUAAAGUUGCAUUUGUAUUCUUCCCUUCUCACUCCUCUUUGCUCUUUCAGGAACAUUUUUUUUCCUUACCUGUGAAGUAUUUGUUUCAUUUUUU